AAAUGGAAGGAGAAUGUUGUGUCAAAACUAAGAUGGCGGAGUUUGGCGAUACAAACUCCCACGACGGAGUGACGGAAAAUAACCUUCCGAAACGGUGUAACAAUCAGUGGGUGAAAUUGAAUGUCGGUGGGACGUAUUUCUUGACGGCCAAAACGACGUUGGCCAGAGAUCCGAACUCGUUUCUCUAUCGGCUGUGUCAGGAAGACUCGGAUCUCAUCUCUGAUAGGGAUGAAACUGGAGCGUAUUUGAUCGAUCGAGAUCCAACUUACUUUAGUCCAGUUCUGAAUUACCUGCGUCACGGUAAGCUAGUUAUCAACAAGGACCUGGCUGAAGAAGGAGUCCUAGAGGAGGCUGAAUUCUACAACAUUACCGAGCUCAUUAGAUUGGUCAAGGAACGAAUUCUUCUCAGGGAUACACGGCCGAUGCGCGACUCUAAGAAGUAUGUAUACAGGGUAUUGCAAUGUCACGAGGAUGAGCUGACACAGAUGGUUUCCACAAUGUCGGAUGGGUGGAAAUUUGAACAGCUCAUCAACAUUGGAUCCCAGUACAAUUAUGGAAAUGAGGAUCAGGCGGAGUUCCUGUGCGUCGUUAGUCGCGAGUACGGAGCUAGUCAGAUCAGCAGCAAGGAACAAGAGGCGACUGAUCGUGUGAAGGUCCUACAGCAGAAGGGCUCACGCAUGUAAAUCUAGUCCUGCUAGACCAACGUUGCAGCAAGAAGACGAAGACUGUGUUUUUCUUUCUUUCAAUUUUUUUUUUUUUUUUUCUGUUUAACUUAGCAGCUCGAUUAAUAAAAUUUAUAUAGUUAUGUACACACCUCUGCAACUAUGUUGUUAGCAUAACUUAACGAAAAUAGUUUGGUAAUCGGUAACAUGUAACGAGUGAUGAAAGUUUGUGACAAUAUCACGAUUUCAUUAUUUGUUGCAGAGGCUAAAGAAGAAAUAAAUUCACGUACUACACAUCGCAGGCAUACACCGAAAACUCUUUAAGUCCAAAAGUAAACUAUUUUUGUUGCAUGUUGUAUCGCAUAAUGGAGAUAUUUUUAACAUACUGACAAAAAUUCUCAUCAACUUGAUGUUAUUUCCAUCACGAAUAUGGAUCGCAUGCUCUUCCCAUUUUCGUGAAUUUUGGAUUUCAAGGGUAUUUGUCUCGUGUUGUAUUCCAACGAUUUGUAUGAUAAGUAUAUAUUAUAAAUUUGUUGUUAUUUAAAUAUUAUUAUUAUAUUAAAUAGAAUGUGUUGCCUGACGGUUAACAAGAUGGUUCUGUAUAGUAGAUUUAUAAUCGAAAUAUUCAUGACCUGUUCACUUGACAGUGGACUAACUAUAAAAACAUUAAAUAAACUAAACGAAUAAAUGAAAAAUAAAAAAAAAAAUAAUAUAAAUAAUAGGAGAGUACACUCUCAAAGCCGUUAACAAUUUUCACGACAUUAUGGUAAUAAGAUAAGAAGCAUUAUCCUGCUGUUGAAGGUGCCAGGGAGGACGAAUCGACGACAGUGUAGCAGCACAUAAUUUUUUUGAUUUUGAAAUCACCUGCACCUCCAACAAUGAAACAGUUUAUGAUUCAAUCAUUGCUACUAACUUUCAGACAACAUUUACAGACAAAUGAGCUUUCAGACAUUGAAAGUGUCUAGUAUUAAAACGUUCGAAUUUUAUGUUUACCGUUGGAUAAGAUGUAGUCGAUAAACGUUGUUGAUUUUAUUUCUCUAAGUACACACUACCCUGAAUACAGAAUUUGAUAAAGUGUAUUUCUGUGAUGAACUGUCCAUGGUUCAUCAUUGCGGUUUCUCACAGUCAGUACAUGCAGCUACGAAUUACAUGCAUCAAACGGUACUGGAACGAUAAAUUAAUAUUACGUGGUAAUUUUAUAAGAGCAAUGGAGUAGCGAGUUGUUCGGUACACCUGCAGUCACGUGUUCAUAUUAUAAACUAUGACUAUUUGUAUGUUCAUGCGAAAUGAUGUGAAAAAGAUCGAUUAAUUAUUUAUAUGUACCAGGAAGGAUAUUUUCUGAUUUUGACAUUGAAACAAAAAAUCUCCUUAUGAAGAUUCUCAUGAAACCUACUUCAAGUUUUAAAUAUCUACUACGAAAAAUACUCGGAAUCAAAAUUAUGAGCAGUAAGAAACAGCAUGUAUUGUUAUUCGUAAAUAAUUUAUCUGUAGAUAAGGAAAAUAUUAUUUUGAAAUUCACAGCUAAUAAUAACUAUCAUCUGGCGAUCGAGUCUCAUGUCAAUUUCCAUAAAAACUUCUAUAAUAAAACGACUAUUUUCCAGUA